AUGCAACGCAUCGAGCUUUAUGAUAAGGAUGAAAUUGAAAGAAAGGGAAGUAUACUUGUGGAUUAUAAGGAACUAAUACAAGACAGAGAAUUGACUAAGUCAAUACCAAAUAUAUCUACUGAAUUAAGGGAAAUGCCUCAGAAAAUACUGCACUGUAUUGGUCUGGCAAUUCAUCAGGUGCUAACGAAGGACCUUGAAAGGCACGCUGCAGAGCUGCAGGUGCAGGAAGGAUUGCCGCUUGAUGGAGAACCGAUAAUAAAUGUGCCUCUUAUUCAUGCUAGGGUGUACAACUACGAUCCACUAACUCAACUGAAAAACGUUCGGGCCAACUGCUAUGGCAAGUAUAUUGCUCUGCGUGGGACUGUUGUGCGUGUCAGUAACAUCAAGCCCCUGUGCACGAAGCUGGCUUUUGUGUGUGGCACGUGUGGAGACGUUCAGAGUGUUCCUCUGCCUGAUGGAAAGUACACCCUUCCAACUAAAUGUCUCAUUCCUGAGUGCCGUGGGCGAACCUUCACAGCUGACAGAAGCUCUCCUUUAACCACUACGGUGGACUGGCAGUCCGUCAAGUAA